CACAGAUAGAAAAAACUGACGUGCGGUGUUUAUUUUGCUUUUUUCCUAUUUUAAUAAAAUUAAUCAAAUACUCUCGUUAAAUUUUUGUAAAACUGUACAUAAAAUAUAUGCUAUAAUUACGUCUUCCUUUAGAAACUUUAUCGCAUUUAUUAGUAAAAACAACUCAUGAUGAAGAAUAUUGGACGGUAGUGGUAUUGUGCAAGAUGUUUAAAAUAGAGUCAUAUGUAACACCUAUCCUGCUGAGCUAUGUGGACAAGUAUGUGCGGGACUUCAAACCAGCUGAUGCACAGGUGUCGCUAUGGGGUGGAGGAGUGGCGCUCCACAAUUUGGUGCUCAAGGCGGACGUUCUGCAGCAGGAAGUUGCUCUACCAUUCACUCUUGUAUCCGGCCGCAUCCACGAACUCCUCAUACAAGUACCAUGGACCAAGAUCAUGUCGGAGCCGAUCGUUGUCACCAUCGACACUAUAGAAUGUGUGCUAAGUCUGAAUCCACCUGUCUCGCCCGACGGCACGCCACCUCCUUCAUCACCCAGUCGGAAGACUCAGGUAGUGGAAGCUCCGCCGGGCUAUAUGCAGGCGCUGGUCCGGCGCAUCGUGAGCAAUAUAGCGCUGCGCGUGCAUCAUCUCAUCGUCAAGUACGUGCAGGACGACAUCGUCCUCUCUCUCAAUGUCAAACAUCUCGGCGUCGACAGUGCUGGACCCAACUGGGAACCCUCUUUUGCAGAUAUUGACCAGGCCCAACCAGUUAUAAGAAGGCUGGUGCAUCUAGAUGACCUGACAUUGUGUCUUGAUAAAUCAGAUGGCGAUGGCAAGAUACGGUUUUUUCAAGAACCCUUAUUGUAUAAAUGUCGGCUAGAUCUCAGAGUGCUGACUCGGCUAGUGUCAGCGAAUACACGGCGUGCGACAAGUUUGAACGUGCAGAUGCGAUCAUCGAAGUUAGCGUGGAGCGUCACCAACGAACAGUUGACUUUGCUGCUGCGGCUCGUCAAGGAGCGUCCCGUCACUACCGUCACGCCACCACCGCCCAAACAGUUUAUUGCACAAACACCUCUCCAUUCGACAUCCUCGAACUCAGCGGAGCCGACUCGCCAGGAGAGCUGGUCGGAGUGGGCUUGGUCCUGGUUGCCUACGUGGGUGGACCGUGACGUAGGCGUGGAGGAGGCACCACUGCCACCUAUUUCGCUGCCCAUUUAUUUCAGCGCUUAUCUAGAUGAAGUCUCCUUGGUAUUCAAGAUGAUGGAGAUGGAAACAGGCAGUCGCAAGCGGUCGCGCGCAGUACUGGAAAUGUCGGCAACGUUUGCCGCAAUGAAGACUUCGAUCUGCCAUCCUACCUACUUGAGGGUACGCCUCGGUGCAAGAGAGGUUAUGAUGCAAUCACAUGGGAAAUGUGUCUGCGGACACCUUAAUUAUAACGCUGCGAACUUAAAGCCGACAAUUUACGUAAAGAAGAUAAAAACGGCAUCACAGACAGAAACAGAGUGGACGUGGCCGAAAGAGGUGCUCGAUGAGAAGGUGGAGGUUGCUGAGGUCAUUGACGAAAACUUCUCAGCGACCGCAAAUGAGGAAUCCUUAACAAGUAUGAAAGAACUGAAGGCUACCUCAACUGAACUGAACCUCGACAAAAAGGAUCAGGACGAUAUUGAUGAGCUUUGGAAUAAGAUGGCGCCACUUGUGUUUUUGGACUACCUGCACGAACGAUCUCCUCCCUACCAGUUUAUGAACCCAUACGAAAACCCGCCUAAAGAUUUUGAAUACAGUGAUUGGGGGGAAGAAUGCAGUAUGACGAUAGCGGUGGAACCAUUGGAGUUCAGAGUGUGUAUGGGACUCAUACAUCGGUUGCAGGCGCUAAGGAAUAUAUACAACGAACACGCUGUUACUGAGCCAGACUUGCCCAAACGUGUGCUGACGGUAGAAGAGAAGGACUCUCUGACGGACAACCUGCCUCAGCGGCGCAUCAAACUGGAGGUUAUGGGUGCGCUGGUUAGGGUUAUGCCCUGGAAUCACAACGUGGCUGACCGCCAGCCCGUGCUGGAACACAUAGUGAUGGAACUCGAGCUUCCCUAUGCCAGUGCCAUCAUCAUGGCUCCCAUGUAUCCACAUAGAGUAUGUUCAGCUGCCAGUCAGAUGCCGACUGACUCCGGGUCCCUAUGGCAAGGCGCGAGACGGCACACAACAGUAACGCUCAACUCUGUACAAAUCCGAGUGGCCAAUCUUGAAGGCACUGCGACUCGGCCCUGCGCACGCGCCGACAUUAAGCUAGUCACACAUCAACUACUCCACAAAUCUUUCUUCCAAAACAGAGACUCCAUUGAGUUUGCUUAUCAUCUGAAAAUCAAAGAGAUGAGUAUAUGCGGCUCAUUAGCGCGGUUGCAGGCGGCCUACCAUAUUCUUACGUCACUAAUACUAGAAAAACGAUCCGUCGCUUUAAGGUACACUUCAUUACCGAUCGACGCACUAAACGAUGAAGACGCAGUGGCUAUAGAUCUGGCUUUGGAGGACUGCACAGUGCGGGGCUACAUGACCGAUAACGUUAAUAUGCAUGUUGUUACACUACACUCUGCCAAAGCCACUGCCCUACAUGCACCUAAGGGUGGUGAUGUAAAACAAGCGUGGCUAUUCUCAGCUCCCGAUGCUCCUACAACGACUCCCUAUCUACAUUCUACAAUUCAGUGGUGCACCGCCCCGGUGGACAACUCGUUCGACUACCUGGGCGUUUGGACAGAACCUAUAGCAUUUGCCGUGGAUCCACUGCUUAUAGCGUGGCUCACUUACAAGCCUACUGUUAAGUCUGAGGCAUCCCUGCCAGCGUCUGUAAAGAGCAUGACACAAACGCAACAGUCAUCGUUGCGUCGUCGUAGCACGCCUCCGUCUUCGAGCGGACGCGGCGGAAGUAGAGCAGGUUCAGGACAAGGCGCUGAAUUAAUUCAUUUUCGCUCACGCAGCCUCGGGUCCAGUAGCGAGCCAAGUGAGAAGAAAGACAAAGUUCCUGUACCUAAGAUCGUACCGCAGUUCACAAGCCGGCAACAAGCAGCGAUUGCGUCGGGUGAGAGGGUGAGUAAGCUGUACCGGCGGCUGCAGAAAAUGUUGCUCAACGUGGAGCUGGGACUGGCGCAGGUAUACGUCACCAUGAGCACCGCCUCCGCCGUGGACUGCCACACUCUCGGAGACGCCAUGGAACGACACGCCUCGGCCGCACACAGAGUAUUGGCUAUAUGUCUUGGCCGCUUUUUGAUGCAAUCGAACACUGUUACACAUCGGCUGUGGCAGAGCUUACGACAUGACGGACCCACUUUCCUUUCUGACAAGCCCACAGACGACUCGUUCCCAUGGAAGAUAAGCAUCGCAGACGUUUCUUGCUACACAUUAGAACUUCCUCACUUAUCCGCUGAUGUCGUGGGACAGGAGAAAGUGGGGAUCUCAGCUGGUCUCAAGUCUAAGCUGAAGGUUUCUGCAGCCCCUAGAGCUACUCGGAAAACUAUUUUGGAGCUAGUCACUACCACCGUCACAGUGUCCGUCGUCACAAAGUCAUUACAGUACAAGACCAUCUCCAGAAAGGAUCCGAAGAAGACUAGUAAGACAACGACAGAAGAAGAUCGGACAAUAAAAUACUUUACAAAUGGAAUGGAGUUCAAGCCGACAACAUUAAAGGAAUUUGUGCGCGGUCCAGCACACAGACGAAGCAAAUCUUCCGAGUCUUCAGAAACGUGUCAAACAGAUACGCCGUCCGAGGUGAUCACCAUCACAGACGGGCCGCUGGUCUCCUUAGGAAUUCACCUGCAUGCUGACACACCGCCUAUUAACAUACGUCUGGAGCAAAAUCAGAUUCAAACGAUAUCUGCGGCGAUCCACUGUUUGUCUCACAUCGACAUGUUGCUGAAGAGGCCUGCGAUCGUGAUCCCUAACAAAAGCAGCGUGACUUCAGUCAGCAGCUCCCAUAAAUCUCUCAUACGGUCGGUUUCGGAAAUAGAAGAAAUACCGAACGCAUCAGAAGAAGACGCGAGUGAGCAAUCUGAAAUUGUGGCGAUAUAUGACAGGGCAUUACAAUACAAGCGUCCUUUGAAGACAUUCUUCUGGUUCCAAUGGGUGGUGAGCCACGCGACAUUAGUGUUAGCCUCGGACAGUGUGAAGUUAGCGCUGGAUAUCGAUGACAUCAUCAGCACGGUGGAUUUACAAACCGAGUACCAUCAGCUUAAGAUCAAGGUGGCGUCUGCUUCCAUCAAACAUUAUAGACGGAGUGAAUUUAAUCAUUGGGUUGCUGGCGUGAUUGGCGGGAGGGUGUUGGAAGCACGAGAACCCACUAAGGCUGAAGAAGACACACACUUUCUGUCUGUCACUAUCACACAGGCGCAGGUAGCUGACUUGCCUUCAAGCUGGAAAGAAGAACUGCAUCCUAAGUUGUUAGAAUCUACUACGGACACGAUGUGGGAGGUGUAUGCGACCCUUGCUCCUCUAGAAGCGAUAAUCCAGCCGAGCGUUAUCGACAACAUUAUGACUCUGGUCAGGGAGUUGGUGCCAAAAGCAUUCUGUCCUUUGAAGGCUGAAACCGAGAAUAGAAUGACGGACUGGCAGUGGCCCUAUUUCUACUUAAUUGCGGGCGGCAUCAGGCUAGUCAUUGCCGGGGAGCAUGUGGGCAAAGAGAAAACAUUCGAUGAUACUAUCAUUCUCUAUAUCGGCGCGAUAAAUAUAGUACCGCACCCAGAAAAUCCCAUCUGUCGGCGAGCGGUUAACGCGGGGCCCGAUGGUGGCUGGCUGACGGUUAGCGGCGGGUUCGAGGGCCGACAGUACGAGGUUGUUGUCAAAGAAGUCUCCGUCAAAUCUACAAAGUUCCGAGCUAUAGCAUUAGCUGAGACAAUCUUAGACAACAAAAAGGGUGCGACCAUUGAGAACCCUGCGCUGAAAUGGACCCAACGUACCAAGAUACCACAAAUCAUUCCUAUAUUGCACUCUGUCGAGCUCUGCUGUGUGCUAGCUCCAGCGAUGUAUAUCGGUGGCGUGCUAGCUUGCGGUCCAGCUAUCGAGUUGAACCUAGUAUCGGACUGCAGCAUCGAGCUCAGUGUGGAACAGCUCGUCCUCUUCAAAAACCUACACCAAGAGUUUGUCGUCGACGUCUCCGUGGAACAGGACAGAAGUUGCAACGCCUUCGAGCGUGCACGGAUGUCGGUGGAUAACGAAAGCAUCUGUCCGUACGCCAACACCAUCAUGAACCAGCUCGAUCCUACUCCGGUCUGCGAGGAACCACCCGUCAUCGAGAACGCCACAACGACCAGACAAUCAGUAGAGAUGUGUCGUACGAUUUAUGACUCUGGUGUGGAGACUACAGCCUCUUCCUCAAAGACCAAGGUAACGGAUGACGUGCCUAUCAGGAAGUCCGUCUCCGUAGCCUUCGUGGAAACGGGGGAUGCGUCGAACUUUCUAGAAGUAUUCGUGACGAUGGGCGUGAUAGACCUGUCGCUGUACGUGUCGGAUGACGGCAGCCCCGAAGUGAUAGCUCUUAGACCACCCUCCGUUGAAUUUGUGAAGCCUGAUAUACCGCCCCCGCAGCCAGAGGAGACUCAAAAAGAAAAAGAAGAUAAACUUGAGGAUGAUGAUGCGUUACCGGCCACGAGUCGCAGUAUCACCGAGAUGGUGCGAGAAGUCGACAUUGGAACGACACUUCUGAACAACCCGUUACAGCAAGAAAAAAAUCAAGCGAGAGAGUAUGAGGGCAACAUACCGCUCAUACAAGUCACACUGUUCCAGCCGAACGUUUACUACUGGAAGAGAAAGACACAGAAGACGCUACAGCUAUCGUUGUUUAACGCGGGUGUGGCUCUCGGUAUGACAGACGUUCCAGGGCACUGGCACUCCGUAUUGCUUUCCACUGCGAAGGGAGUGCCUGAUCCAACCACUGACAUCCCUCCAGCCCUCGCCACAUUCAAAGCCGUAACACCUACAGGCAAUUUAUCGGCUGGAUCCAGUUCGAGCACGCGCGGUACUGUCCGCUUGGACAUUGAGCGGCCCGUACAGUUCGAAGUGACCACCGAGAAUCUGAGGAGAUUGCGGGACAUAGCGAUGGUUGUGACAUCGAGUCUACACCAAUCCCCGCCUCCACAACCAACACAAGACAAUGUAACGCCAAUGUUGUACAAAAUUAAAAAUCAUCUUUUAUCGGAAGGCAUGGAGGGUAUAACGAUCCAGACAAGUCAGAUCUCAGCCUCUGGCCACGAGGGCAUAAUAGGCUGGGACAGCUUCUCCCUGCAGAUUACGGCUUCUUCUCGUCCCGAGAGACUCAACGCUCGCGGUCUCGUAUCCGCGCUACUCGUGGCAGCCGGCCCGCCCGGAGACCGGAGACAUGUCAUCCUGCAGCCUCUCAUGUUGGGUUUUGAAGAGGAAGCAAAUUGGGAAGCUUGGCGUCGUGCAGAAGGUUGGCUGUCUAUGCGGGUGCCAACUGUAAAGAUUAAUGUGGAGCUCGAUGACGUCACCGUGGACCUCCGGCCUUCCGAUCUGGCCACCCUUCAUCGGUUGGAAAAAUCUUUUAAGGAAUUGACUAAGAUGCAAUCGAUGCCAGCAGAUCAAGAUACGAAUGAGCCGAAUAAUACGGACACGUACGUGACUACGGACUCGGCUUCGACCCGCAGCAUCUUGAAACCUUCUCAGUCUUUCAUUGCCCCUGAGACUGAGUCCUGCGACCAUUUCUACAAAGAUGAUCUUAGGAGUGGAGCUUUCAAGAUUUUGAGUGGCGGUCAGUUGCCUAUGGCGUACCAAGUGAUGCUACACGGCAGCGCGGUGUCUUGGCGAUACCCUCACCCCAGAGCCAUCACUAGACUCGUUGCCUUCCCUUUACCCGGACAGGAAAAGGAAACAAGUUGUGUGCUGGAAUUGUACAAUAGUAUGUUAUCGAAGUGGGAGUCACAUACGUACUUCAAGAUACCCGUCGGGGAGCCGAAGGAGCUCAGUCUGUUCGUCAGGCCGCCAGAAACGGUGUUUGCUAUAAUGUGGCGGUUCCGCGUUUGUGAAGACCCCCAGUCGCCCCCAGCGCCUUACGAGUUUGUGUCAAGUCGGUUCCUGCCACGAACAGAUCCCUUGGUAACGGAAGAUCAUCCAGUGCAAAGUAAAGUCACGCCCGUAUCCGGAGUGACGGCGGAGCAACUGUCGGGAGUUUUGCGCGUCGACUCAUACUUCGCGCCACGUCUUCUGCCGCAGAUGAAAGCUGUGAUGCGUGUUGCCAGUUUUAACCUGCACCUACAUAACUCACUGCCUACUUUGAAUAGUGGCGCGAUGUACCUAGAAGGCUACUACGUGUCGAAGCCACUGAUGCGUACUCACCGAGUGCUCAGCUUGACAGCUCAGUCCACGGCGCUCCAUACACUUUACGGAUCUCCCGCUGGCACUCUUGUUGUGGUCGACACUAAUCUAUCCUGCGACAUAAUAGACUGUUCGACGGGUACGAUGGAGCAGAUGGUGGAAGAUUUUCGCGUACAAGGUGGUUUGUCAUGUAAACAAGAUUCGCUGCUGGCUUCCCGCUCCCGUGUAAUGACCACGGGCAUUCACGUAGCGCUGCAAAUACCAAGGCUUAGGACCUUGCAGUCUCUUCACUACGAUUGGAAAAAAGCUUGCGAUAAGUAUUUGCGCAAAUCUAUAACUGCAUCUUUCGUCGAGGACGAACAGGAAAUGUCAGAAGCGAAUAAGCCGGACGACAUGGCGGUUGCUGAAGCGGCGGCCGAGGCAUUAGAAGGGAGGGUGUCGCUUUGGAUAUACAAUAGUUGCGCCUCCGCCAUGCGGGUCGGACAAGAGGACACCGAUGAAGUCGUACCACUUGGGCCUGGCGCUAGAUUGGCUUAUAGAUGGCGCAGUCCAACGGCUCCGAAAAGGCUUCGUCUUGCACUGGCUGGUCCUACAGCAGACUGGCGCUGGUCUGACAGCAUACCUUUCUUGGCGGGCGUUCGCCGUGUAAAGAUCGAUACUCCAGACCCAGGGAACAGCAAGCAGUUCUCAUGUUCAAAAGCCUACGUUCACGUGAAGGUCGAAGAGACAGGAGCCACCAGGAACAUGCAUCUCUCUGGCAGAUUGGUACUGGCUAAUAUGCUGCGAGCUGCCCUCCUGUACAAAGUUCGUGCUCACUCAGCUGAAGCUUCGCAAUGGCGCACGGUGUGCUCGGGCGAGAUGGCGUCAGAAACAGUCGGUCGUAGCGUAAUCUGCAGUACCGAGUGUGAAAUGGUGUUGAAAAUAAAGCUGAGGUCACACAAUACAUGCUGGUCGGGCGACAUACCGCUCAAGGAGUGUCCUAAAGAAAACGUGCCAUGGCUGGUCAAAGUACCAACGGAAGGAGAAACCCAAUUUGUGUCAGUGUGGUGCCGUGUGGUGCGCGGGCGCAAUGAUGGACGUAUACUCGCUACUAUGUGGCCUCUAUACGUGUUACAUUCACAUCUGCCGCUAGAUGCAGAGGUGCUAAUAGUAACAGAAUCGACGUUGACAACAACAACAACAACAACUACAACAAAAACAUCGGAGGACCAGUCUCCGGCGCAGAUGCAGCUGCCGCCGAUGCUACAGACCGCCCAGGGUCGAGGGUCCAGCACACACUUACAGGCGCCUGGCACCACCUCCGCCAGACACAGUCUGUCCUUCCAAUACAAGGAUAUUGAGUGCCCAGUGACGAGGGAGGCGGUGCCCUUACACUACGGUGUGACCGACACUUCCGUAUUUGACAAACGAUCACCUGUACUCAACAUCGAUGACGUCAUCAAGGACAUCUUGCGAUGGUUGAAGCGCUCGGCCCGUGGUGCAAAAUCCAAAUGGCCGUAUUCCGUAGCGACAAGUCACUGGAACAAGGAAUGGGUGGCCGCCACACUGCAGCCACGGUGUGAUGUCACUGUGCGUUACCACGCCGUUCGAGCUGGUGGCGGCUGCAGCCUGGAGAUCCAGUUAUGUCCAAUGGCGCUGAUGUGUAACUCCACCCCCAUAUCUCUUACACUCCGCGCAUACGACGCCGCACCGCUCUGCAAGCUCGACCCUGGCACUGCUAUAUCACCACCCACUAUCAUCAUCAAGAAACCAUUCUUUAUAUCGGUGGAGAUGGGUCGCGAGACGUUUGUGAGCAGUCAACUACAAGUGUCGGCCGAAGAUCCUGGUCGAUACGGUACUCCACCGCCCGGACAUGUGGCGCUCGACCACGCCACUAACUUCGCUAUAGUCUGCAACCAGAAGGUUGCACUGCUGACCCUGUACUACGAGAUCAAAAAGGAAAUCAACGUGCUGGGCGUGUCCGCCUCAUAUGUACUCAUAAACAGGCUUGACACGGAACUCUUGGUUUCAGCUUUAGCAGUUCCAAACGACGUGGAUGAGUUCAUAACACUGCGCCCCAAGGCAUUCAAAGUAGUCCUACCUGUCAAAGAUGGAAGUGUCCACGGCACGCCUCUGACUCGCUUCUGGUUGCACGGGCGCUGGCAAGGCGGCGACCCGUCGGAACUGCGCACGUACGUGUGCCUGUCCUUGUCUUCCGGGACGUAUCCGACAAGGGCGCCAGUACCCAUCCGGCUCGGAGAGCAACCGCUACGACGAGCCGUAGCUCUAAUUGACUCGUCUAUGCAAUCCGUGCCAAUAGUAGUGACACAGAUAAAGAGCGACGACCGUUGGCUGGUGGUGGUGGCGCCGGAUCCGUGUCCACAGUUCCUCGUCCACAAUCAUACUCGACUUACCUUAGCCGUCGCACAGCCGGUACAUCUCACUGACGAACCGUCCACUUCAAAUACUGAGCCGGUAACAGAAUGCGCGGGGACUCGGUGGUGGUGUGUGAUGCCACCUAAUGCGGCGAUCCAUUAUUCCACUCCUGCGCAUUGUGCCCGCUUUCCUCCCGAAGGAAUGCCAGCGACAUCUAUCGUUUCUUGUUACCUCACAUUUGCUAAAGGCAAAGACGAGUUAGAACAGGAGUGGUGUUCACCAGUAGUAGCCGCGGAUGGAGAGCAUCUCCUACAGUACUCCGGCGGCAUCACCAUCAAGCUGCGCGUGCGCACCCAUCCACAUUCCACGCUGCUCGAACUACAAGACGUUGACCAUAAUGACAUAUCAGCGAGUGACAUCAGACGCCGUUUAUUAGGAGCUUUCGAGAGCGAUGAAUCUGUUCGCAAGGUCACAGAUGUCGCCAGUUUGGAGAGAGUGGGUGCUGCUUGCCGAGUACACUCUGCAGACGAUUCGAUGGACAACGCCCGUAAAAAGUCUAUAAACCGGGAGGAUCUGUACUCGGCUUCAGUUGUAGAAAGCUCGCCUAGCCGCAUGAUUCGAAAUUCAACCGUCAUCUUCACAUCGGACACUAACUUCCAGAACCAAGAUUUUGAUCCUGAUAUUGAAAAGAUGGAUGAUACUGGAGAAAAUGCCGACCGGUUCCGCUGCAUUAUCGCAGGCGUCUCUGUGGAACUGUCCGCUGCCUCUGAUGUGAUGCCUCUACUUGCGGUGCACCUCGACCGCACAGCGUUACUCGUGCAGUCUGAUAGCAAGAAAGUAAAAACAGUCAUAUCGGUUGCGGACGCGCAGAUCGAUAACUUGCAGUAUGAGACGGGACAGUAUGAUUUCGCAGUGAUUGCUAGCACUCGCUCGGAGCCCCUGGAGCCUGAUCAGUGGCCGCCAUUGUGGAACAUGUUCGCUGAACGAAACACUUUCGCCGCUAGAGCCGACAUAGCCAAAUUCGAACUAAGGCUACAGCAUGAUAAGUGGGAAGUCGUCAACAACAGACAUGAAGAAUUGACGGAGGUGGACUUAAGAAUAGGCACGCUGGCACUGUACGUGGAGGACGCGUAUGUGAAGGCUUUAGUAGACAUGUCUCAACUAUUGCUACCCUCGUCAAGUACUAUCGACAAGGGCUCGCUAAGCGAGGAGAGGUCCAUACAGAGACCAAUUCGCCUCAGGGUGUUGCACAUCCACCCACUCGAUCUCACUUUGACGCUUCAUACUGCAGUGCGAAUGUACAUAGCUCUAGAUCAGAGUCCGCUGCGACUGAGUGCGUUUAAACUUCAUGACAUGAUGACGUCAGCGGAGCGGCUCACGCAUGCGCUCACCGUGCACUACCUGUCUGCCGCCAUAUUGGGAGCAGGUUGGGUAGUUGGUGGUCUUGAAUUAUUGGGUGCGCCUGGAGCCCUCGCGGCGCGAUUGGGUGGUGCUACGGGAGGUGUGAGGGGCGUCGCCUCCGCUGCUGCAGCGGCGUUGCUUCGUUCACUAAGCGCAUGGGCAGGGUCCUUGGCGAGGAACUUGGACCUGCUAGCUGGUGAUGAAGAGCAUGCAAGGAGAGCGGCGGCGGCCAGGAGGAAACCACCUCCCAGCUUCGUAGCAGGACUCGUCGCUGGCAUCACUAACUUCGCAAUUAAUAUACUUGGUGCUGUCGGUGGUCUAGCCCAUCACCCACUAGUAGGGGUGGCAGUGGGCGAGACGGAGAGUGGUGCGGUGGCGCUACGCCGCGGUAUCCUCGGAGCGCUCACCAAACCGCUCAGCGCUACUGCUGACCUUGUAGCGUACGCCGGCUCCGGCCUUCUCCGCCAGACUGGCUGGGAUCCUAUACCAGAGCCCCGACGGACAUCGUCAUCGAUCCAGCCACGCUCGCAGCCUGGCUGGCACAGAGACUGCGUGCGCUGGGUGUUCCGUAUUUGCGAACUGUCUGCAUUCACCGGGUUCGAAGUACUGUUAGAUAACGCGCCAUUACAACUGCUAAUCACACAUAAGGUCCUGAUCGUGGCUGAACCUGAGUCUGAGCGCAUCGUGGAGAUGAUCGACUUAAGAUUCUGCACCCUGAGCCCCUACCAAGGACAUAUAAUUGAGCUGUGCGUGAUGCAGAGAAGACAGCCUAAGUUGCUGGAGACCAGGGUUCCUGAUGAAGAUGAGGAAUUCCAGAUAAGCGCGGCAGCGAUGGCUCGCGUGGCGCGGUACACCGGCGCAGAAGGGAGUGCAACCGCAGAGUCUCGAGUGCUCUCUCUCCUGCCGCCGCCGAGAAAGUCUUACGCGCUCCACGCAGCUCUGGCCGCAGCUCUACACCAUAACAGCGACUCACACUUCCCCAUACUAUGACCCCAACGACCCCAUUUUGAACGGUCCAAGAGAAAUAAAGCUUGGGACUCAGAGGUACGUGCAAAAAUCCGUCAAACAUAUAGAAACUAUUAAUAUAUAAACGGCCUAAUUUAUAAUUAGCACGCACUUCUAAAAUCCAAGUGUUAAUUAAGUUAUUAUUAUGAUUUAUUUAUGUUCUUCACAUUUAGUUGUAUAUAUCAAUGACAGCUACUGCCACUUUCAUAAUUACACGUUUAUAUGUACAUAGUGAAUAUACGUAUAUGUUCUGACAUGAUAUACAUACUAAUGUCGUGUAGUAUACACACUAUAAAAUAAUUUGUUGUUUAAAUUAUAAACCUUUUUUUUUAUUUACCAAUAAAUCGAUGUGCGAUUGGUUAGAAUAGCACUAUUAUUCAUAUAAUUUUUCUUACAAUGAUUGACACGAAAGUUGCGUUAUAUGCUUUACAUUACGAGAGAAUGGUUUUAAGUCUUAUUGCCCCCAAAUAUAAACAGGUCUGGGAAAUCCUACAAAGAAACUGCCAAGAUGUAAAAAAACCCCGCCAAUCAUAACAUUGUUUACAGUCACUAAGAUAACUCUGAAAUAAACACAAUAAAGUCUUCCAAGAACAUUUUCCCGACGCAUUUUUUAUGUAAUAGAUAUACUUUUAGUGCAGUCACUCAGUCUUCCGGUCCUGCGACGACAGCGUAUCGCGAUACCCUUAAUAGCAAUACUAGUAAAUUAUAUAUUCCCGUAUGUUUACACGGCAAAUCCCACGCAUUGACAUUUACUUAUAACAUAGAUUUUCUUUCAUACAUGUAUACAUCUUAAAGUUCAUAAAUCAUUAAGCAACGAAAGGCCCUCAAUUAAAGCAAUAUAGAUACAAUAAACUAGAUUAUUUUCACCAGUACAAUUUAUAUUCAUUGUCAAUAAUAAUGAACAAUUU